CCGUCUGCAUGAGGGCGGUGCCACGCGAGGCGUGUCGGUGGUUUCCCGUCUCACCGGAAGUACGUAAUCGUCCCGCGACCGCAGGAAGGCCGCCGCCAUGGUGCAGCUCGGUAGCGGCCUUCUGAAGAGCUAUCGAGGCGGACACGUCGUCAUCCGUUUCGCCCUCGGCGGCUGCACCAACCGGCCCUUCUACCGCAUCGUAGCGGCGCACAGCAAACGCGCCCGGGACGGGAAGUACCUGGAGCAGCUCGGCUGCCUCGACCCGCUGCCCAACGCCCACGGCGAGAAGGUGGCGGGGCUCAACCUGGAGCGCCUGCGGCACUGGCUGGGCUGCGGCGCGCAGCUGUCGCGGCCCGCCGAGAAGCUCCUGGAGGGAGGAGCAACAAACGUGACCAUCAAAUAUAACAGAAUAUCCCAGGUUGGAAGAAACCCACAAGGAUCCUUCAGUCCAACCCUUGGCUCUGCACAGCACCACCUGAAAUUCAAACAUUUUGUCUGAGAGCACUGUCCAGCUGCUUGUUGAACUCCCUCAGUUGGGCUGUGACCACUGCUCUGAGGAGCCUGUUCCAGUGCUGGAAAAUACAAUGAUAUAUACAUAUUGACAUACAGCUUGAUAAAUACAUUGGUUUUUUUUUUUUUUCCUUC